AUGAUCAAGGCAGAAGAAGAGGAGUUUGUGUCAGUGGAGGGAGAGGAGCAGGUCAAGGAGGGAGAGGAGCAGGUCAAGGAGGGAGAGGAGCAGGCCAAGAAGGGAGAGGAUCAGAUCAGGAAGGGAGAGGAGCAGGUCAAGGAGGGAGAGGAGCAGGUCAAGAAGGGAGAGGAUCAGAUCAAGGAGGGAGAGGAGCAGGUCAAGGAGGGAGAGGAGCAGGCCAAGAAGGGAGAGGAUCAGAUCAAGAAGGGAGAGGAGCAGAUCAAGGAGGGAGAGGAGCAGGCCAAGAAGGGAGAGGAUCAGAUCAAGAAGGGAGAGGAGCAGGUCAAGGAGGGAGAGGAGCAGGUCAAGGAGGGAGAGGAGCAGGUCAAGAAGGGAGAGGAGCAGGUCAAGGAGGGAGAGGAGCAGGUCAAGAAGGGAGAGGGGCAGGUCAAGAGGGAGAGGAGCAGGAGGGAGAGGAGCAGGUCAAGGAGGAGAGGAGCAGGUCAAGGAGGGAGGAGCAGGUCAAGGAGGGAGAGGAGCAGGUCAAGGGGAAGAGCAGGUCAAGGAGGGAGAGGAGCAGGUCAAGGAGGGAGAGAGGAGCAGGUCAAGGAGGGAAGAGAGGAGCAGGUCAAGGAAGGGAGAGGAGCAGGUCAAGGAGGGAGAGGAGCAGGUCAAGAAGGGAGAGGACAAGGAGGAGAGGAGCAGGUCAAGGAGGGAGAGGAGCAGGUCAAGGAGGGAAGGAGCAGGGAGAGGAGCAGGUCAAGGAGGGAGAGGAGCAGGUCAAGAAGGGAGAGGAGCAGGUCAAGGAGGGAGAGGAGCAGGUCAGAAGGGAGAGGACAGGCCAAGGAGGAGGAGCAGGCCAAGAAGGGAGAGGAUCAGAUCAAGAAGGGAGAGGAGCAGGUCAAGGAGGGAGAGGAGCAGGUCAAGGAGGGAGAGGAGCAGGCCAAGAAGGGAGAGGAUCAGAUCAAGAAGGGAGAGGAGCAGGUCAAGGAGGGAGAGGAGCAGGUCAAGGAGGGAGAGGAGCAGGUCAAGAAUGGAGAGGAGCAGGUCAAGGAGGGAGAGGAGCAGGUCAAGGAGGGAGAGGAGCAGGUCAAGAAGGGAGAGGAGCAGGUCAAGGAGGGAGAGGAGCAGGCCAAGAAGGGAGAGGAUCAGAUCAAGAAGGGAGAGGAGCAGGUCAAGGAGGGAGAGGAGCAGGUCAAGGAGGGAGAGGAGCAGGUCAAGAAUGGAGAGGAGCAGGUCAAGGAGGGAGAGGAGCAGGUCAAGAAGGGAGAGGAUCAGAUCAAGGAGGGAGAGGAGCAGGUCAAGGAGGGAGAGGAGCAGGCCAAGAAGGGAGAGGAUCAGAUCAAGAAGGGAGAGGAGCAGGUCAAGGAGGGAGAGGAGCAGGUCAAGGAGGGAGAGGAGCAGGUCAAGAAGGGAGAGGAUCAGAUCAAGGAGGGAGAGGAGCAGGCCAAGAAGGGAGAGGAUCAGAUCAAGAAGGGAGAGGAGCAGGUCAAGGAGGGAGAGGAGCAGGUCAAGGAGGGAGAGGAGCAGGUCAAGAAUGGAGAGGAGCAGGUCAAGGAGGGAGAGGAGCAGGUCAAGAAGGGAGAGGGGCAGGUCAAGAAGGGAGAGGAGCAGGUCAAGGAGGGAGAGGAGCAGGUCAAGGAGGGAGAGGAGCAGGUCAAGGAGGGAGAGGAGCAGGUCAAGGAGGGAGAGGAGCAGGUCAAGGAGGGAGAGGAGCAGGCCAAGGAGGGAGAGGAGCAGGUCAAGGAGGGAGAGGAGCAGGUCAAGGAGGGAGAGGAGCAGGUCAAGAAGGGAGAGGAGCAGGUCAAGGAGGGAGAGGAGCAGGUCAAGGAGGGAGAGGAGCAGGUCAAGGAGGGAGAGGAGCAGGUCAAGGAGGGAGAGGAGCAGGUCAAGAAGGGAGAGGAGCAGGUCAAGGAGGGAGAGGAGCAGGCCAAGGAGGGAGAGGAGCAGGUCAAGAAGGGAGAGGAGCAGGUCAAGGAGGGAGAGGAGCAGGUCAAGAAGGGAGAGGGGCAGGUCAAGAAGGGAGAGGAGCAGGUCAAGGAGGGAGAGGAGCAGGUCAAGAAGGGAGAGGGGCAGGUCAAGAAGGGAGAGGAGCAGGUCAAGGAGGGAGAGGAGCAGGUCAAGAAUGGAGAGGAGCAGGUCAAGGAGGGAGAGGAGCAGGUCAAGAAGGGAGAGGGGCAGGUCAAGAAGGGAGAGGAGCAGGUCAAGGAGGGAGAGGAGCAGGUCAAGGAGGGAGAGGAGCAGGCCAAGAAGGGAGAGGAUCAGAUCAGGAAGGGAGAGGAGCAGGUCAAGGAGGGAGAGGAGCAGGUCAAGAAGGGAGAGGAUCAGAUCAAGGAGGGAGAGGAGCAGGUCAAGGAGGGAGAGGAGCAGGCCAAGAAGGGAGAGGAUCAGAUCAAGAAGGGAGAGGAGCAGGUCAAGGAGGGAGAGGAGCAGGUCAAGGAGGGAGAGGAGCAGGUCAAGAAGGGAGAGGAUCAGAUCAAGGAGGGAGAGGAGCAGGCCAAGAAGGGAGAGGAUCAGAUCAAGAAGGGAGAGGAGCAGGUCAAGGAGGGAGAGGAGCAGGUCAAGGAGGGAGAGGAGCAGGUCAAGAAUGGAGAGGAGCAGGUCAAGGAGGGAGAGGAGCAGGUCAAGAAGGGAGAGGGGCAGGUCAAGAAGGGAGAGGAGCAGGUCAAGGAGGGAGAGGAGCAGGUCAAGGAGGGAGAGGAGCAGGUCAAGGAGGGAGAGGAGCAGGUCAAGGAGGGAGAGGAGCAGGUCAAGGAGGGAGAGGAGCAGGCCAAGGAGGGAGAGGAGCAGGUCAAGGAGGGAGAGGAGCAGGUCAAGGAGGGAGAGGAGCAGGUCAAGAAGGGAGAGGAGCAGGUCAAGGAGGGAGAGGAGCAGGUCAAGGAGGGAGAGGAGCAGGUCAAGGAGGGAGAGGAGCAGGUCAAGGAGGGAGAGGAGCAGGUCAAGAAGGGAGAGGAGCAGGUCAAGGAGGGAGAGGAGCAGGCCAAGGAGGGAGAGGAGCAGGUCAAGAAGGGAGAGGAGCAGGUCAAGGAGGGAGAGGAGCAGGUCAAGAAGGGAGAGGGGCAGGUCAAGAAGGGAGAGGAGCAGGUCAAGGAGGGAGAGGAGCAGGUCAAGAAGGGAGAGGGGCAGGUCAAGAAGGGAGAGGAGCAGGUCAAGGAGGGAGAGGAGCAGGUCAAGAAUGGAGAGGAGCAGGUCAAGGAGGGAGAGGAGCAGGUCAAGAAGGGAGAGGGGCAGGUCAAGAAGGGAGAGGAGCAGGUCAAGGAGGGAGAGGAGCAGGUCAAGGAGGGAGAGGAGCAGGCCAAGAAGGGAGAGGAUCAGAUCAGGAAGGGAGAGGAGCAGGUCAAGGAGGGAGAGGAGCAGGUCAAGAAGGGAGAGGAUCAGAUCAAGGAGGGAGAGGAGCAGGUCAAGGAGGGAGAGGAGCAGGCCAAGAAGGGAGAGGAUCAGAUCAAGAAGGGAGAGGAGCAGGUCAAGGAGGGAGAGGAGCAGGUCAAGGAGGGAGAGGAGCAGGUCAAGAAGGGAGAGGAUCAGAUCAAGGAGGGAGAGGAGCAGGCCAAGAAGGGAGAGGAUCAGAUCAAGAAGGGAGAGGAGCAGGUCAAGGAGGGAGAGGAGCAGGUCAAGGAGGGAGAGGAGCAGGUCAAGAAUGGAGAGGAGCAGGUCAAGGAGGGAGAGGAGCAGGUCAAGAAGGGAGAGGGGCAGGUCAAGAAGGGAGAGGAGCAGGUCAAGGAGGGAGAGGAGCAGGUCAAGGAGGGAGAGGAGCAGGUCAAGGAGGGAGAGGAGCAGGUCAAGGAGGGAGAGGAGCAGGUCAAGGAGGGAGAGGAGCAGGCCAAGGAGGGAGAGGAGCAGGUCAAGGAGGGAGAGGAGCAGGUCAAGGAGGGAGAGGAGCAGGUCAAGAAGGGAGAGGAGCAGGUCAAGGAGGGAGAGGAGCAGGUCAAGGAGGGAGAGGAGCAGGUCAAGGAGGGAGAGGAGCAGGUCAAGGAGGGAGAGGAGCAGGUCAAGAAGGGAGAGGAGCAGGUCAAGGAGGGAGAGGAGCAGGCCAAGGAGGGAGAGGAGCAGGUCAAGAAGGGAGAGGAGCAGGUCAAGGAGGGAGAGGAGCAGGUCAAGAAGGGAGAGGGGCAGGUCAAGAAGGGAGAGGAGCAGGUCAAGGAGGGAGAGGAGCAGGUCAAGAAGGGAGAGGGGCAGGUCAAGAAGGGAGAGGAGCAGGUCAAGGAGGGAGAGGAGCAGGUCAAGAAUGGAGAGGAGCAGGUCAAGGAGGGAGAGGAGCAGGUCAAGAAGGGAGAGGGGCAGGUCAAGAAGGGAGAGGAGCAGGUCAAGGAGGGAGAGGAGCAGGUCAAGGAGGGAGAGGAGCAGGUCAAGAAGGGAGAGGAUCAGAUCAAGGAGGGAGAGGAGCAGGUCAAGGAGGGAGAGGAGCAGGCCAAGAAGGGAGAGGAUCAGAUCAAGAAGGGAGAGGAGCAGGUCAAGGAGGGAGAGGAGCAGGUCAAGAAGGGAGAGGAGCAGGUCAAGGAGGGAGAGGAGCAGGUCAAGGAGGGAGAGGAGCAGGUCAAGGAGGGAGAGGAGCAGGUCAAGGAGGGAGAGGAGCAGGCCAAGGAGGGAGAGGAGCAGGUCAAGAAGGGAGAGGAUCAGAUCAAGAAGGGAGAGGAGCAGGUCAAGGAGGGAGAGGAGCAGGUCAAGAAGGGAGAGGAUCAGAUCAAGAAGGGAGAGGAGCAGGUCAAGGAGGGAGAGGAGCAGGCCAAGGAGGGAGAGGAGCAGGUCAAGAAGGGAGAGGAGCAGGUCAAGGAGGGAGAGGAGCAGGUCAAGAAUGGAGAGGAGCAGGUCAAGGAGGGAGAGGAGCAGGUCAAGAAGGGAGAGGGGCAGGUCAAGAAGGGAGAGGAGCAGGUCAAGGAGGGAGAGGAGCAGGUCAAGGAGGGAGAGGAGCAGGUCAAGGAGGGAGAGGAGCAGGUCAAGGAGGGAGAGGAGCAGGCCAAGGAGGGAGAGGAGCAGAUCAAGAAGGGAGAGGAUCAGAUCAAGAAGGGAGAGGAGCAGGUCAAGGAGGGAGAGGAGCAGGUCAAGGAGGGAGAGGAGCAGGUCAAGGAGGGAGAGGAGCAGGUCAAGAAUGGAGAGGAGCAGGUCAAGGAGGGAGAGGAGCAGGUCAAGAAGGGAGAGGGGCAGGUCAAGAAGGGAGAGGAGCAGGUCAAGGAGGGAGAGGAGCAGGUCAAGGAGGGAGAGGAGCAGUUCAAGGAGGGAGAGGAGCAGGUCAAGGAGGGAGAGGAGCAGGCCAAGGAGGGAGAGGAGCAGGUCAAGAAGGGAGAGGAUCAGAUCAAGAAGGGAGAGGAGCAGGUCAAGGAGGGAGAGGAGCAGGUCAAGGAGGGAGAGGAGCAGGCCAAGGAGGGAGAGGAGCAGGUCAAGAAGGGAGAGGAGCAGGUCAAGGAGGGAGAGGAGCAGAUCAAGGUAUUAUGA